ACUUCCAAGGAGGUAGUUGAACAGCCUGCAGCGGUUAUUUCGUCGGAGAGUUAUGGAAAGGAUUUUUCAUCUGCUGACAAAACAAGUUUCGUAUUACGAUCAGCACCUGCUGCGCAGUCAUCUUCGGCAGCUAGCAAGAUUUCGACGUCAGAAAGCCAGCCCAAGCUAGGAGCAGAACCGGCAACAACUGCAGCAGUCGCAGCGAGAACAACAAGCCCUGAAACGGCAGUGUCCUUCACUUUCAAAUUACUACCCGAAGACAAACAAGAAACAGCGACGCGAGGUGCGGUGGCAACGGCAGCUACAUCUGUGCCGACUACCGGAAUAACAAGCACUGCAGCAUCUGGUACAACAUCAGCCGCGGAGCAAGAAACCCUAGCGGAUUUGGAUACUAUGAGUGAUGAAGGAAUGAUGGAAGCGGAAGGGCCGUUGGCGGCCCCUACAGGUCUUUUUUCUUCAUCAUUAGGAUUUGGAAGUGUCAGGCCAGUUUCGAAUGCAUCGCAGAACGUUUUUGGAGCUGGUCUCAAAUUCAGCAAGCCGCAGUUCCAUACAUCGCCAUUGUUUAGCAGUGGUAAUGCUGCUUCGGGGAAAAAUCAUACUUCUGUAUUUGGUGGUGGUCUUGCUACAACUUCUGCCACAAGUGGUAGCGGUAUUUUCAGUCAGUUUACACAACAGCAGUCGAAUGCUGUCGCACCGUCGUCUUCAUUUUCAUUAAAAGCACAAACCACACCGAGUCUUUUUGGUGCAAAACCUGGUGCAUGUAAGUUUCAGUCUUCAUUUUGCCUGUCUUUUAUUUUCCUCCUUUCCUUUAUUUUCUUGUCUUCCAAAUGUUUUAAUUUUCUUGGUUCAUUUUUAAAUUAUGAGCAUUUUGCCAUGAAGGCUAAGUUUCUGCAUUGCGCAAGACAAGUUUAA